UGUAGACUAUAGUAAAAGCUUACUGAACUGAAAAUGGCCAACUUUAUCAGCAGAAGCUUGAUCCUGGCUUCCUUGAUGGGGCUGCUGCUGUUGUACCUGUCUGGCACAUCUGAAGCACAAAACAACCAAGAUUGCUGCCUCUCUUACUCCACAGUACGGCUGCCUCGAGGAGUCAUAAAAGGCUAUACAGAACAGCUAUCCAGCGAAGUCUGUGACAUCAGUGCUAUCGUUUUUCACACAAAGAAUGGAAUGAAAGCUUGUGCAAAUCCAGAAGACCGCUGGGUGAAGAAGCAUCUUCUUUGGCUGAGCCAUAAACUGAAGAAGAUGUCACUGUAAUGUGGGUUUAGAAAUGGAACUAGAAACAGAGGCGGCUGCAGAACCUAAACUAGGUUGGAAUCUUCUCUUUGUACACGAUGUGUGCUUACUGACCAUUAUUCCUGGCUUCUUUGGAACCAUUGAACUACUGAAGUUGAUUCAUAUUGCAUCAUUUAUUUGCUUGACUUAAGCAUUUUGUUAAAGUUGCUUUUCUCUUUUCUAAUAUACAAUAUUUGGUUACUGUAUAAAGAAGAAAACUGUUUUAAACUAUUAUACAAAAUAUGCACCCUAUUGGGUUUAGAGCAUUUGGAUGUCAUUUGUGCUAUUUAGCAUAAGUAAAAUAGAUAAUUUAUUAUAUUUAUUGUUACAUCAUAAGCAUUUUUUGUGCCAAAAGCUGUUCCCUUUUAAUUCUAAGUAAUGUGAUCAAGAACAAAUGGAUUAAAUAUUUUUAGACUGCUGUAAAAACAUGUGCUUGAU